GUAUUGACAUUACGUCACGGUUACCUUUCCUUGUCACUUCCUGUCGCAGUUCUGUCACCUGCAAGCGAGACAACCUGGAUGCACUCUGCUCUAUUGUUAUCCAGAUGAUUUGAUUGGAUAUACAAGCUGAACAAGAAUGAUAGCCCUGUUGUCGUAACCAAGCUUUGUCAGGUAUUUACAACAGAAAAGAAGUGCUUGUACUCUAUAAAGGAAUUUGGGAUUUAAAUAAUACCUUAGGUUCAACUGAAUUUUAUAACUGAAAGAUUUGAUAAAGUGCAUGUCGGUCCUGGAUUAACUGUGCCGUGAAAUUGCUGCACAACACACAAGGUAUACUGUGUGUUACAAGGCUGAGGAAUUUUCGGAUGUAAACACGGCCGAUUGGGACAGGAUCUAGCUUUUCCUUUGUGCGUAUGUGUGACGGGAUUAGGAGGAAUUCCCGGGUCCCCCUGUGACAUCAGAAACCUCAGCCUCGGAUAUCUGUCAAAACAGGUCUACGACACCCUGUGACUGAGGGUGACAUGACAGUGUCAUUGGUACUCAACACAUUCUGUAUAUAAUCAAUUUGUUUGUCAGGAGAGGAUAGGCAGGAAGAUGACAUCAUCAACAUCAUCUAUUGAUGACUUACUGGAUUUAGACUUUGGUCCAGCUGCUGCUAAUCAGAGCUCAGCAGGUGCGAUUCAGGUGGUAAAUAGACCCGGAGUAUCGAAUACAUCUAAUUCUCUGCUGUUAGAUUUUGGUGCCCCAACUACAGAGUCAUCCACUGACGAUAGUGAACAGAAGGAAUUCUCAAAGGAUGGUGAUUUCUGUCUGUUCAAAAUGGACGAUGUCGCUGAUCAGGGAUCUAAUACUCUGACCACUGGUAAAUCAGCCAUAACGCCCACAUCUCCCUGGCAACCACUGGACGUUAUACCUGGUCAGAUAGACUUGACACCGUCGCGCCAGUCUAAAUCCAGCGUGGGUUCCCUCAGCGACGAGGAUGCACUCCUGUUUGAUCCCCUAGCUCCCACAUCACCACUCAAGCCCACACAGGAGACAUCGGAAAGUGAGCCAACACUCAAGAAGUGGACAGUGACCUCUGGAUCAGAUUCGGACACUGUCCAGCCUGCAGGGCGACCUAAUUUGCUUGACUUUGCAAACGAAACUUGGCCCUCCGAAAGGGAAGAAAACAUGGCAGAUCCUAAACGGGGCAAACUGAACAGGACGAUGGAGCGGAGUUUUGAGGACUUGUUGGCUGGUCUGGAAGAAGACGACCUUGAUGCUGACAUUGAUGAUAUCUUGACCACCGGGUCACUAAGUCCGCAGAUCACGGAUGCAUCCUUCAACGCUAUGGCAGCUCAGAGCAAAAAGACCUACACACAGUUUGAGGAAAGAGUAGGCCGAGUCAAAGAUAAGGAGGAGGGUUCUAAGGAAGCUGAACCACUGCAGAUAUCGGACGACCAGAAGACCAUUGACGAGAUAUUUGGGGAGGUAGAGGAGACUAGAACCGAAGUUGCAGACCUUUUGACCUCCGACGAAGAGGAACCACAACAGGAAGAGGAGAUCGUAGAGGAUGAACCGGAACCAAACGUUGAAGUGAUGGUGACUGAUCAUGAUGAGCCCGACACUCAAACUCAUGACCAAGAUGAGAAAGAGGCUGUUCUGUCCGACAUGGAUGACAGUACAACAGAGAACAGCAAGCUCAAGAGAGAGGCUAGUCUGGACUUCAAUGAUGUUGGGGACACGUCGCAUCUGGAUGUGAACAUUGGCAAGCAGAAGACAUCUCUCAGAAAGAAAGGCUCUCUGGCCCGGCGACGCAAGCCCACACGUACCAACGUCAGAAACAUCCUGAGCUCCUCCGAGGAUAGCCACUUCCAGGACACUACAGAGACCAAACAAUCCCCAUCCUCUGAGGUGAACGGUUUUGGUGCGGAGGAAGAAGUUUUCACAGGGGACAAGUCUGGUUCUCCGGAUCCAACCUCGCCACCGGCAAAAAAGUCAAGUCACCUUAUGAUGCCUCUACCUGGUUUAGGACAGCCCAUGUUGCCAAGGAAAACUCCACAACCCAGAGCCUCUCCUGAUGAGGAAAUGGUCCCUGUGGAGCCAAAGAGAGACCCCAAAGCUAUGGGGAUCAAAUUACCAAUGCCACAACUUAAACCAACAAAGAGGUCUGACAGACAGGAGGAAACGUCUGUGUCUCCUGAAUUCGAAAAGCCAGCUCUGCGUAAAGUAACUUCACCUCAAGAAACAGAAAAAGCUGUUGAGAAAAAUGAUGUGUUUGAAAUUCCAGCUCUGAAAGCUGUAGCACCAGAUAAACCUGCCAGGCACACUGAGAAGGCUGAAACAGAAAAACUUUUUACCAAACCCCAACUGAAAACUGUCCCCAAAAUGGAGGUUGAUACAGCACCUGACCCUGUUGCCACGGAAACACCCUACAAUAUACCACUAAGGCGAGUUGAUUCUAAGCGUGAAAAAUCACCUGUUAAAACAGCUCAGGAAAUUGAAAAUAUUUUUGACACGCCCUCAUUAAAGAAGGUACAAAGGGAAGAGGAAAGUAGCAGAUCAAAGAUUUCACCAGAAAAUGAAGGCAGAUUUGAUGUACCUGCACUGAAAACAGUCUCAAGUGAACUAAAACGAUCAGAAAGUCAGGAAAUUGAGUCUGAAAAAACUUUUAAUAAACCUCCACUCCGAAAUACUCCCAAAGUAAAUGUUGACCCCCCAGCUAGUCCAGAGGGUAAGGGUAAAUUUGACUUACCGUCACUAAAGAGAACCCCUAGGGUUCCUCGUAGUAACAGCUCUGAGCUGAGCAGUGGUGGGGCAUUUGAAGUCCCUAACUUGAGGAAUAGACCCAACUGCCCUGUUGGUACACAAUUAGACUUUGAUGACGCUACAAAAGAGUCUACAGAAAACAAGCAUACCUUUGAUGUUCCUCAACUAAAGAAUACUCCAAAGUCGUCGAAGCCAGAGAUUGAGGGAAGUAAGCCGGCAGCCAGCAAGGAGGAAGAACCGUCAUGGCUGAAGGAUAUGAAGUUGAGAAAGACAAGUACAAAGUCUGAAGAGAGUCUGGACCAGUUGAAGGAAACGGAAACUCCGCUAUGGAUGAAAACCGCUGCAGAGAAACGAGAAAAGGCUGCAGAGAUUCUCAACACAAAAGAAAACCAAAGCAAAACACCAGGUGAUGGUAAACCUCAGUGGACGGAUAUGCCCCGCCUCCGUAAGACGCCCAAUGGUCUCCCACUCCAAGAGUCAACAGAGAGCAGUGAGAACACAAUCAACGGGAACCCGAACCAGGAGACGCGACGAACCAGACUCACAUCUACAGGAUCAAAAGAUGGUGACAGCUCUAGUUCUAGCUCAAGUAGAGAACGCACACCUGUAUCAGGAGGCACAAAGGACCAGUAUGUUCCUAGCUGGCUGAAGACCUCGGACAACCGUCACCAAUCCACCCCAAACCUCAACAUCAUAACGCCACCGUCAGCAGACUCCACCUCCAUUCCACAGUGGAAAAGGGACCUGGCAGAGAGAAGGAAGUUACGCAAGGAAAACAGUGUGGAUACACCGCUUAAAGCCAAGAACGAUUCCACUGAUGCUGGAGCUGCCUCAUGGAAAACAGAAUUCGCUAUGAAGAAAAAGUUGACUCCUCUACCAAAAACUACUGCUGAGAUCAGAACAAGCUCAUCAGAGCCAGAAUGGAAAAAACGAGCGGACGAGAAACGACAGCGACUUAUAAAUCUCACAGCUAAUCGCCAGGAUUCUGGGUUAUUGGAUAAGGUGAAGAAACCUGACGUAUCAUAACAGUUCAAAGUGCCAUGUGGAGGAAAAAUCAAGGAGAGUGUGUAUACAAGUCCUGCUGUAAUUAUAGAGUGACCUCCCUUUAAGAAGCUCUUUUCUUCAGAAGAUCACAAAUGCAGUGGAAUAGUUGCAGAAUGAUCCCCAUUGAGUUGGCAGAGCUGUGACAUUGAUAAUGUAGAUGUAUAUUUUGCGUUGUUAACAUAUCAUGAAGAAUGUAUUAUUGUUGAGAAUGAUGUUAAGGAUUUAUUUUCUCAAGAAUCAUCAUGACAUAAAGGGUAUAUAUGCAAGACCACACAAGACCGUGGAGCGCACGAGUGAAUAUAUACGUCCACGCCAUAAAUGAGCGCUUUCUAAUUCGUUAGAAAAACACAAGUGUGUGGUCUUGCUUUUAUCACAUACCUUUCGUAUUUGGUAGAGAUCGAUACAAAGAUUUUAUAAACUUUGAUAUUUUUUGCGAAUACCGGGAACUUAUCAGUUCGCCUUGACAAGGGGUCGAUUCCCAUAAAAAGUAGUUCCGGCUAGUAGGUAAAUAUAACAUUAUGUAUUGCACAUGUGCAAUACAGAACGUUGUA